AAUUUGGCAGCACCUCAACAGAGAUUUCCAGCAUGGUGGUACUGUGCUGAAAUGCCUGUACUUUGCCUUAGAUCUGUCUUCUGCUUCUGAAGCUCAAAAAACUAACAUGCCUUUGAAAUGAUCUUGUAUUCCAAGAGCAACAGUUAUUUUGUACAUAUUUCUUGUUGCUGUGAUUACAGUCCCUCAGGAUCAUUGUUGUCUUGCCACCUAUUAGUUACAAUGUUCAAGAUAAUGCUUCAUCUAAGUGGAAUUUUGGGGAAAGAAAAUGAUUAUGGUCAAAUUUUUGUUGUGUUACAUUGAGGGAACAGCAAGGAACUGCCGUUUUCAGAGGAAACGUGUAUGGUGUUUCUGGAAUACUUACAAAGCCGGAAACAACCUUAAAACACUGCUAGCAAUUUGGAUUUGUUACACUGUAGGAGCCACUUCUGUUUUUUGCUCAGUUUUCAAAGACACAAACUGUGCAGAUGGUGAUAGGAACAGUGUGAGAGGAGACUGCAGUUCGGCAGUUCAGCAAGCCUGGUUGUUGGUACUUGUGAGCAAAACCAGCUGUGAAAGCACCUAUUCCUGCUCCCACCUAGGUGUCACAGAAUAACAGGACAGUUGAGAUUGGCAGGGACCACUUGAAGUCAUCUGGUCCAACCUCCUGCUUAAGCAGAGCCACGCAGAUAGAGCUGAUUGGUCAGGAUUGUGUCCAGACAGCUCUCCAAGGAUGAAGACCCCACAGCCUUCUCAGGCAUCCUGUGGCAGUGCUCAGUCACCCUCAUAGUAAAAAGAAUAUGCCUUUAAGGCCAUAAAUCAAGGUGGACUUACGUCUGUAGCUGUUCGUGGGAAAGAUUCUGCAGUCAUUGUAACACAGAAGAAAGUACCUGACAAGUUACUGGAUUCCAACACAGUGACUCAUUUAUUCAGAAUUACUGAAAAUAUUGGCUGUGUGAUGACAGGAAUGACAGCUGACAGCAGAUCACAGGUGCAGAGAGCCCGCUAUGAGGCUGCUAACUGGAAGUAUAAGUAUGGCUAUGACAUCCCUGUGGAUAUGCUGUGUAAAAGGAUUGCAGAUAUUUCUCAGGUCUAUACACAAAAUGCUGAAAUGAGGCCUCUUGGUUGCUGUAUGAUUUUGAUUGGUAUUGAUGAAGAACACGGCCCCCAGGUGUACAAGUGUGAUCCAGCAGGUUACUAUUGUGGGUUCAAGGCCACAGCUGCAGGAGUGAAACAGACAGAGUCCACCAGUUUUCUUGAAAAGAAAGUAAAGAAGAAAUUUGACUGGACUUACGAACAAACAGUAGAGACAGCAAUAACAUGCCUGUCUACUGUACUAUCCAUUGAUUUCAAACCUUCAGAAAUAGAAGUUGGUGUAGUUACAGUGGAAGAUCCUAAAUUCAGGAUCCUUACAGAAGCAGAGAUUGAUGUGCACCUUGUAGCUCUGGCAGAGAGAGACUAAUUAGCAUUCCCAUUUCCAUUGUCUGUGCUUCUGGCUGGGAUAUUUGGUGAAAACACUUGCUAAUGGCUUUAGGUUAUGGAUGGAAAACAAUGUUCACUAUAUGAUGUAUUUUACUCUGUACGAAUAAAACAGAGGUUUUUGAAA